GUUGUUGUCCUCGCCCAGAUCCUAAUCUCUGAGCUGCUGAUGUUAUCCAGAACAUUAGUUAAAUAUUAACACAGUCUAUGCAGGGUGCUUACUGGAUUACCUUUUGGCUUUUACCGGCAGGUGUGCUGCAGGUUACUUGGCAAAGGUUCGUCAAGGGGACAGUGGAGGACAUGGCAACAUACAGCGAGCGCUUUGGAAUAGAUGUAAACACGCCCUACCGUGGAAAGGUGCUCGUUACGAAAGAGUCUUUCAGCCCUUCGGCGAUCAAACUGACGAAUCUCACAUGGGAGGAUGAGAGUUGUUUAUUCUGCGCCUUUAACAUCUUUCCUGGCGGCUCAAAAAGAAGCCAGAUUUGCCUCAAAGUGCAAGGGAUAUCAAAGGUGAACACAAUGCACCACGCAAAGCAAGAUGGAGAAGUUGUGUUUAGCUGCUCCGCCACAGGCAAACCAGCUCCCACCAUAGAGUGGGACCUUUCAGAUGGAGCCGCAAUCGCAGAAGAACCACAGACAGUGACAGUAAAAAACAGCGACCACACGUUCAACGCCAGCAGCAACAUAACUGUGAAAGUACCUCCCGGUUGGCGUGGACACGCGGCGUGUGUGCUGAACCGUGGAAAAAUUGGAGAGAGGGAAGAGAGGAUCGCUUUCUCCUCCUCUGCAUCGGCGGACGGGGAUGACCAGAGAGGACCGUCUCCGUCAGCAAUCGCACUGAUCUGCAUCACUAUAAUUGUUUGCUGUAUAGCUGUUGCAGUGUAUGUGAUUAAAAGGAGUUCUAGGAAGCACAACCAGAGAGAAGGAUCAUGUUCCAUGCAUGCAUAACCAAUGUUAGACUUUCUAGCUGCCUUUUGCGAUGCAAGCAUUACAAACCCCUUUCCUUUGUGA